UUUCUCUAACACACACACUUAUACUCUGUUUCUUUCCUUCCACUACUCCUUCUCUUUUCCUGCCCUCUCUCUGCCUCUCCCUCACUCUCUCUCUCCACUACCGCUGUCCUGGUUUCUUUCUCUAUCAGCAGUGAGAGGGCAGACGCCGAAGGAGAAGAUAAGAGUUGGGCUGCCAGCACCGACCAGGAAUCUCAGAGGAGGCAGGAGUUUGUAAGGUGCUUUUGUGCAGUCAAACGUGAAGCUGACGUCAGUGAAAAUGCUGGAGACGGUGAAAGACAGAGUACUGGAGGUCUAUGACAGCCUCUUAGCGGGAACAGACCCACGGUUGAAGGAUUACCUCCUAAUGGGGACUCCAGUCAACAUGUCUGCUAUUCUACUUGCUUAUCUUUUCUUCGUACUGUACGCCGGCCCCAAGUUUAUGGCCAACCGUAAACCCUUCCAGUUGAAAGAAGCUAUGAUCAUUUACAACUUGUCCUUGGUUGUCCUGUCUGCGUAUAUCGUAUAUGAGUUCAUGAUGUCGGGGUGGGCAACAGGAUACACGUGGAGAUGUGACCCAUGUGAUUAUUCAGACAGCCCUCAAGGACUCAGAAUGACAAGAGUCGCCUGGUUAUUCCUGUUUUCGAAGUUCAUUGAGCUUAUGGACACAGUGUUUUUUGUGCUGCGCAAGAAACACAGUCAGAUCACCUUCUUGCACAUCUUCCACCAUUCCUUCAUGCCCUGGACGUGGUGGUGGGGCGUGAGCUAUGCACCAGGUGGAAUGGGCUCUUUCCAUGCCAUGAUCAACUCAUGCGUCCAUGUGAUCAUGUACUCCUACUACGGCCUUUCUGCUGCCGGGCCUCGCUUCCAGAAGUUCCUCUGGUGGAAGAAAUACAUGACUGCAAUUCAGCUGAUUCAGUUUGUGUUGGUGUCUCUUCAUGUAACCCAGUGGUACUUCAUGAAGAGCUGCGACUACCAGGUGCCUCUGUUCAUUCACCUCAUCUGGAUGUACGGGACCUUCUUCUUCGUGCUAUUCUCGAACUUCUGGUACCAGGCGUACGUGAAGGGCAGGAGGCUACCGAAGAACACCCAACAGCUCACCCAGAACGGCAAGGCUAAUGGAUCUACCACAGUGGCCAACGGCUCGUCGGUAGUUUCAAACGGCCAUGGCGUACAUGCAAACGGCCAGAGCAACGGGAAGAAACACCACGAGAAUGGAAGCACUCUCAACGGCAAGAUGAAGAAUGCCUGAGAAGCUGAGCUCAGGAGGAGAAGACCCAAAAUGGAUGACCAGGAGAACCUGCAGAAUGGCACUAUGGAGUCCAAAGAGUGUUUUGGGACCUUUCAUUUUCAAAUCUUGUUUUUUUUUUUAUGUGUACAUUAAAUAAGUACAUGGGGAUAUGAAUGCCUUUAACCCCAUUUGUAUAUUUUUUGUCAUAAAUUAAUCUAAAGAAUAAUUAUUGAGUAAAAUGUAUGAAGAGAAGAGGAAAAGGAAGAGUCGUGACUUGAUGCAUCCUUCGCUGAUGUUGCUCAACAGAACGAAUUCACAGAUGGCCACAAACACACACACACACACACAGAUCUGUGUGUCUUUCAUACUCCCCCAAUAGCAGACACUGUACAGUCAACAUCAGUAAACUUGAAUUACAUCUGUAAAUAGUUUUACCGUAUAAACUAACGGGAUUGAUACGUUACGUUAAAUAUUGUUACGAUUGAAAUAAAUACAAAAAAUAAAUAAUUUCCAUUUUAAAAUACA